AGCUGUUUCUUGACAACUUCUCUGCUGCAUGCGGUGUAUCGCAUCUUAAAAUAUGUUUGAUGAAGAAGAAACUAAAUUUUCUACGUAGCGCAUUGGCAUGGUGACAUUGGUGCAACAGCAACAGCAAACGCUCGACAAUAAUCAUCAGUGUCAGAAGGAGCAAGACCACGCGAACGCUGUUGUGUCCGCUGAGAGUCACGCGGUCGACAAGUUUCACGACGAGGCUGCACGUUCGGAAAGGGAAAUCGCGGUCGUCGCUCCAGGCAAUGCUAGCGUUGGAGGUUCCUCUACGCAGUGCAGUGACGUAGACGAGGACGAUGAGGAAGAGGAGACGGACAUUGAGGAAGGAGGUGGUUGGAUUACAAAUUUGCCGAUAUCGUCUACCAUCGUCCAGCAGCAUCAAUCGGUCACGACCGCAAACGGUGAUGUCGUCCUUCCCAACGCCGACCCGUCAAAUUUCGGCGACGUGUGCGUAAAGAAUUCGACGAACGUACACCUGGGUAACAAGACCUUCUACAAGGGUCCCGUUACUAUAAAGCAAUUCGUUUACACGAAUCCCAUUCCGAUCAAGGAUGAGACUAUUUCGGGCAAAUUCGACGCCGACCGCGUCUCCGACGUUAAGAUCUCGAAUCUGUCGACGAGCAAAAACGACGAGGCCACUAAUCAAUCCAUUUUUCCACAAAAUACCGAGUCAAAUAAAGUAAUGCAAUGGCUCUGGACGUGGAAAUGUAUCUUACCAUGCCUUCUAACUAUAACAAUAGCUGCCAUAGUGAUUCUUACUGUAUAUUUCACUCAUCAGCCGGGUACAUCGGAUUUCCCAGAUAUUCCAGACUCAUCGAUCACAGGUGUAAUAGGAACUUCGGUACGUUUCGUCGAGAGACAGGAAUGGGGUGCGCAGCCACCCUCAGAACCCUUGAAAAAAUUGCAGCUGCCAGUACCAUACGUAAUUAUUAGUCACACCGCGACAGACUUCUGUUACACGCAGUCAGCGUGUACAUUCCAUGUGAGAUUUGCUCAGACAUUCCAUAUCGAAUCUAGAAAAUGGUCAGACAUCGCCUAUAAUUUUCUCGUCGGGGGUGAUGGUCUUGCAUACGUUGGUAGAGGCUGGGACUCUGUCGGCGCCCAUUCCUUUAACUAUAACAACAAGAGUAUCGGAAUUUCUUUCAUUGGUACAUUCAAUACGGUUGAACCGCCAGAGGUGCAAUUACAUGCUGCGCGAAAGCUCAUAGAGAUUGGUGUAAAAAAAGGGAAAAUCGCGGCUGAUUAUAAAUUAUUAGGUCACCGACAAGUUUCGAAAACUUUGAGUCCUGGAGAUAGUUUAUAUAAAAUAAUUAAGGAAUGGCCUCAUUGGUCACCUCAACCUUGACCCGAUAGCAUAGAGGUUUAAAUUAUAAAUCAAAUGAUUUCUGAAAAUGUCCAGAUUCCUAUUUUUUGAAUAUAUGAUUGCUGUCUAUUUCAAAUAGCUAAUUCUAGCAAGUUUGGAACAAUUGGUUGAAAAUAUAUUGUGAGCUUACUCCUGUUACAAAUUAUAAAAUUUUUUAUAUUUAGAUGUCAAUGAAAUCACAGAAAAUUCAGUCUUUAUAGAUUGAAUUAUAAAUAAAUGUGAUUAUAAUAGAACAACUUAAUUGAUGAAUCGCAAGAAAA